UACUUCGAGAUUUCGCAGUUCGUAAUCAGGAUGAAUUCAAAUGACUGAUCUCGUGUCAUGUACAAUUGUGACAAAAAAUAACAAAUUACGUCGCUUUCUUCUAUAAUUAUGUAUUUUCAUCAUUGCAACGUAUGCCGAAUUCUUGCCGUUUGAUCCACGUUGAGAAAUCAAUUCAGAAUACUUAAGUUGUGAUUUUUGUUUGCAAUAAAUAUUAUUCGUGACGGCAAAAUUCAACUGGAAAUGUCACACAAUGAAGGCAUAUGCAGUAUACGAUUCCUGGCGAUCAUUUUUAUUAUCGAUGUAUUACAAACAACAACUUUAAUGGCAAAUGAUUUGAUGUUGAUCCCUGAUGGCAAUAGCGAAUGUUUUUGGAGAAGAACAGAAAGUAAUGAUCAAUAUGAAUUGAUUUCAUCACCUGAUCCACCAAAAAGUGUACUUGCCAAAUUGAGCACUUCGUAUUCUCCAGCAGCAACUGUUCCUAUGAAUAGACGAUUUUGUAUUUCUUUUGUCAUGGAGAAUUUUGACUCUGGUCAUGAAUUGACCUUACGACUUAACAGCUUUGUUAGAAAUAUUUCGGGAUCUCAACCUGUUACUGAAUGUCUCCCAGUUGCAACAUUUUCUUUGGAGAUUUCGAUCGAAACGUCCUGUGAAUUCAUCAGUUCACCUAGCCCUCGAUUAACAAAUAUUCGCUUGGGUAUAGAUUCUGCUUCCACCACUGCCCCUUCAAAUGCAGAUCUUCCAACCACAGAUGUGGGUGAUAUUCAGUAUGUUGGUGUGGUUGUAGGUGCCAUAUGUAUUGCAUUAUUCACCCUGUUUAGUUGUCUCACCAUUCUUUCUGCGAGACGAAGUAACCAAAGAGAGUCACGACGUAGGGCUGUACCUAGUACAAGUUACCAAGAUGAAGAAGAUAACGGUCCAGAUGUUGUAGCUGAUAAUGCUCCACCAUCAUAUGAUGCAGUGAUGGCUUCACCAGAAAGAUAUCCACCAACACCCCAAGGUACCCCUCACGCAACCCCUCAAGGAACACCUCACGGCACGCCAUCUUUACACAGAAGGGUACUGCUCACGCAACAAGCUGUUUCAUUACCAGGCUCUAUCGCAGCCACGCCUCAACUUGACCGCGCCUCUUUUCCAUCCACGCCUCAGCUAAACCGUGCCUCUUUUCAAAGUGAUGACAUUGAUGGCGAGUCAGAGGAGCCUCCGCCUCCUUAUCCAGGCUUGGCAAAUACGGAAAAUCCUAACUCUACGCGAGAAGACGCUACUAACGUUGAAUUACAACCUACGAAUGUCGUGCAAAAUCAAGGUGUUGAAAAUGCAGGGGUUAAUGUGUCCCCCACAGUUGUUACAGAGGACCCGUGGGUUUUAAACAGUGUAGAAGAAAACGUCAAUAAAAACAGGGAAAAUAAUCCCACCAUAGACGAAAACAAUUCCGCCAGAGACGGUAACGAGGAAUAUUUAAGUGAUAGUAUAAAUUCCAAUGAAAAUAAUCGGGCGUCGACUUCUAGUACAAAUAUUCAAGUUACACAGAAAACGGAAGAGGAACCUUCUACGAAAACUCUUCCAGAGACGAUGAACGAAGAAGCACGUAUAGAAGUUUCAGUUCUCUAGCGAAUUACGGAUGCUCUAGGAAAAUUUUGAUUUAUUUUAUCAUUCACAUUUUCAUUUUGCCAAUUUUUAUGCCGUCGUCUUUCAUAGGAGCAUGAAAGCAGAUGGAUUUGAGAGAAAUCCGUCGAGCACAUACGGUCUACUUCGGAGCCUUUUGACAAAAAAAAAACACGACCAAUGUAUACCUGCCUUGCCGGUUAUAUAUAUAUAUAUAUAUGUAUAUGAAAAUAUUAUGUAAAGAAUGUACUUAUUUUUUAUUCUAGUUUAGUUAUGAUAUUUAAGCUAUUAAUUUGACUAUGAAGACGAAUGAUUUUAUUUUAUCAUUUUAAAAUAUAGUAUUCUUCUUACACCCGUAGUGCUAGUUUAUUAAAUUCUCUAUUCUUCAUUCCA